AUGGCAUUUCAAAUAAUGGAUUUCGAUUCGGAAAUGUUUGAUUUUUACUUAAACACAGCUUCGCUCGUUUUAGAGGAAGAUAACAAAAAAAACUGUGGGACUGGCUCCAGUUUCACAAAAGAAGUAACGCUAGUGACAAAAUCUCUACCACAAGAUGUCAGUAGCGUCUGCACAAACUCUCAUGAAGAUGUGAAAAAGUUCGUUGAUGAACAUACCGCUUCAAGUUCUAACAUUUCCUCUUCAGAAUAUAAUCUUAGACCUCGCUCGAUAUUGAAACGACUAGAAACAGAAAAGCAACGGUACACUAAAAAAGUGCCUAAACCAAGGCAAAAACCGCCACCUUUAAGCAAGUAUCGAAGAAAGACAGCUAAUGCGCGUGAACGAUCCCGGAUGAAUGAAAUGAACGAAGCAUUUGACAAACUGAGAAAGGUCGUACCGACUUUUCCCGUUAACGCCGGUGUGGAAAACACUAAGUUAACAAAGAUUACCACGCUUCGACUAGCUGUGAACUACAUUGCAGCUUUGACGAAAAUUCUUCAUACAGCGGACAAAAUACAAAGCAAGUCCAGGACUGAAUCCAUAGCUGGAUCGAAAACGUCAAGUUCUGUUCCUGCGUCUUAUUGUUUCAAAGUGAUGUUGGAAUCAGAUGGAGAUAGCACACAAUUUAGUGAUGAACCCAAUAUCGAUUAA